AUGUACACUACCAAGAGGUGCAUUGCCACGGCCAUCGUGGUGGUGCUCUGGCUCCAGGCCACCGCGGACGCCCGCCGCCUCUCCCCCGGCGGCGUGAUCCGGCUUUCGAGCGAUGGCAGAGGUGAUUCUGUUGAUCAAGUCGGGUCGUCAAAGGUGAUCAGCAUAGAGGAUCCAUUCUAUACUUGCCCGGAUGGCAAGGUGCUGAAAUGCAAAGUCAUUGCGUUCCAAUGGUAUUGCGAUUGCGUGCGUGAAAAAGGUGUUGGCCCCACUGAUCAAGCCAUGUCUGCGACGACGAGCUCGCCGAGGAAGGCCGGUGAGCAGAUGCUGUCGCGAAGGAACUCCGGCGACAAAGGUGCUUCAGUUAAUGAAACAUAUGCCACUAUUGUUAUUGUUAGAAAAAAUAUUCUUAAUUGGAACAUUUAA